AUGGCUCAAUAUCAUAUUCGACACACAUUGAAACAGUUAUCUUCGUCGCCUAAAACAUUGAUCAAUACAAAUUCUGACAAACAAACACCGCGUCGUAAACUAUUCUUUGCAAGUGAAGAUGAAGAAAGUCCACUUAUAAUGUCUUUAAAAACAUCGAAAGCAAAGUUAUUUAUAGAUAAUAAUAAUUCAACUGUAAGUUCACAAGCUGCUGAUAUGAACGAUUCCGUUGAAAUACGAUCAACCUUACCUUUAGUUGAUACAAAUAAUGUUCGUCAAUCAAAACUUGAACAUUUUGGAUUUGAUAUGUUACCUCGUUCAAGUGCACUUUUAAAACGUCAAAUAUUUAAAGAAAAACAAAGAACAAUAAAUAAUUCUCAUAUUAUUACUCAAAAUAAUAAUAAAACAAAAAAAAUGCGAGCAAUCGAAACACAACAACCGAUUUUAUCAUCAUGUCAUACAAUGAAAACACGUUCACAAUCUUUAUCCGAUACUCAUUCGGAUCAUUUAAUUAAAUUAUUUGAUAAAACACUUUCAACAGUUACACCGGUACGUGAUCGUACAAAUGAUGAUAGCGCUAUUAGUAAUCGAUAUCGACGUGGACAACCAUUACCUUUAAUAUUAUCAGAUAGUUUGAAUGAAGAUGAUAUGCCCGUAUUGACAUUGAAUGAUAGUGAUUUAUCAAUAAAUGAAACUAAAAAACGAGCACAUGAACAACUUCAAGUUGAUGAGAACAGUUGUGGACGUUCAUUGAAACGAAGCAAAGUUGUACAUGAUGAUGAAAAUAAAGAAAAUGCUUUUUAUUGUCCACCACCUGUAUCAAUUCGUAUUCGAAGAGGAUUAGUUCGUAGUUUUUCAGAACAACAAUCGAGUACAAAUGAAGAACAAAUUAAAGCUUCUGUUGAACUUGGUUCAAAUCGAAAUUUAACCGGUGAUCGUAGUCGAAAUUAUCUAUUACCAAGAUGUAUUAGUCGAAAGCAUGCUGACCUUGCUUGUAUUAAUGCUGAAACAAUGAUUGAUCUACUUCGAGGUGAAUACUCGUCUGAGAUAGAACAGUUAUACAUAAUCGAUUGUCGCUAUCCGUACGAAUACGAUGGAGGCCAUAUAUCGCUGGCAAAAAAUUUCUUUACACGACCACAAAUUCAUGAAGAAUUUUUUCAAUCACCAAUUACAGCAAAAGAUCCAUCUAAACGAAUUGUUUUUGUAUUUCAUUGUGAAUUUUCAUCAGAACGUGCACCAUCACUUUUGCGUUAUAUGCGAUCAGAAGAUCGAACUAUUCAUGCACAUGAUUAUCCAGCUCUUCAUUAUCCAGAACUUUAUCUAUUAGAAGGUGGUUAUAAAGCAUUAUUUGAAUAUUCAACUGAAUUCUGUAAACCAAAUUUUUAUCGAACAAUGUUGGAUGAACAAUAUCAAGAACAAUGUCGACAAUUUCGAGCAUUUUCAAAACAAUCAGGAAGAUUCACUUGUUUAAAUGAAGAAAAUAUAUCAGAUUUAAAUUAUGGUAUUCAAGCAAAUAAUAGACGUACACGCCCAACACUUCGUUCAAGUCUUUCGGUGUGUUUUACGAGUACAUCACUAACAAAUGAAAUGGAUUUUUCUUGA